CGCGUUUUGCACGAGUGUUUGAUGACACGCUUCGAAUCGCGUGGUGAUGAGGUUUUCAUCAUAUUGCGGCACAAAAUUAUACUAUAGCAGACGCUGUUGAAGGACAAUACCGUGAAAUUAUCUAAUGAGUUAUUACACGCAACAGAUACGCAAUCAUGGAGGAGGGACAAUUCGAGGAGGGUCAGUUUAGCGACGCCGACGAAGAAACGACUUGCGACUUUUCUGACAGGCCCCCAUCGUUCCAGUGCUCAUUCCAGUAUGUUCUUUAGUUCAAUAGCCAUGUCAUGCCCGAUUUUACAUCUCAAGGAGGAGAUGACCAAGUUGCAAAUCACGGACAGCGAGGAUGACGUCCACGACGAGAGUGACAUCGAUGACGAUCAUUACGAUUGGGACGAGGAUAACACUCGGGGGAACACCGUCGUCAGGACGAAUUCACAGAGCGCCAAUAAUCGAAACGUGUCCAGCAAGGUCGCGAAUUACCAGCCGAUGGAUAAACUGCUGCGCCGUUACGCGGAUAAGAUCAAUAUGGAGAAGUACGAGGGCCCCGCGUUGCCGAAUCACGUGGCGAACGUAUUGAUGGAGAACAACAAACGCGCCGAGAGGGAUCGCGUGAGAACGAAGGACAAGCAGGACCGGGCGACGGUCGAGCAGGUAUUGGACGCCCGUACGAAGAUGAUACUGUUCAAGAUUCUGAAUAAAGGAUUGAUAGCGAGGAUAGACGGCUGCAUUUCCACGGGGAAGGAGGCUAAUGUGUAUUACGCGUUGUCGGCGACGGGCACCGAGGUCGCCAUCAAGAUAUACAAGACGUCGAUCUUGCAGUUCAAGGAUCGCGACAAGUACGUGAACGGUGAGUUCCGCUUCCGUCACGGCUACUCCAAGCGCAAUCCGCGGAAAAUGGUGCGGACCUGGGCGGAGAAGGAGAUGCGGAACCUGGUGCGUCUGCAACAGGCCGGUGUGAGCUCGCCCAAGCCGAUCCUGUUGCGCAGCCACGUGCUACUGAUGGACUUCAUCGGUGUGGACGGCUGGGCGGCGCCGAAACUGAAGGACGUGGUACUCACCGCCUCGAAGCCGGCGACGCUCUAUCGCGAGUGCAUCGAAAUGAUGUGGAGGAUGUACAACAGGUGCAGGCUCGUUCACGCCGACCUGAGCGAGUACAAUAUACUGUACCACAACGGGUCGCUGGUGAUCAUCGAUGUCUCGCAAUCUGUGGAGCAUGAUCACCCCAUGGCGCUCGAGUUCCUCAGAAAGGACUGUACUAAUAUCACAGAAUUUUUCAAGAAGCACAAUGUGGCCGUUCUGACGAUGAAAGAGCUAUUUGACUUCAUAACGGAUCCGACUAUAAACGAAAAUAAUAUGGAUGAGUAUCUGGAUGCGGUGCACGAAAACAAGAAGCGGAAAGCAGAUCUGGAGAGCAAUCUUCGGGACCAAGUGGAGGAGCAAGUCUUUAAACAGGCUUAUAUCCCUCAAUCGUUGAUUCAGGUGAUCGACUUUGAGCGCGAUAUAAAUCUCGCGAAAUCUGGCAAGGAAGAUCUGAUUUACAAGACACUGAUCGGUUUGAAAACAGAUUUAUCCAAGCCUGCGGAAAUACCAGAGAUCCUUGUCGCUAAACAAUGCAAGAACGAGGACAGUGAUACAGAAAACAGCGAUGACAGUGGGAGCAGCGAAGACGACAGCGAGGAGGAGGAGGAUAAGAAUGAGAAUGUGAGGAAAUCGACGAAUAUCGUCAGACGCAAAGACGAGAGUCCAGAAAGUAAAAAAGCGCGCAAGAAAGCAGUCAAGGAACAGCAAGCGGAGAAGAGAAAGACUAAAAUGAAGAAGCACGUGAAGAAACGUAAAACAAAGAAGAUCAAGUGAAUGUUUGUACAAAGAAAUAUCAAGAGAAAUACAAAAAAGGAAUCAUAUGACACGGAUAUUUAACAAUGUUCGAGCGAGAUUUGGCUUUUAUUAUGUAUAAAAAUAUAUAUAUAUAUAUCGUCAA